AUGAUCAAUUAUUUUGGUCCGUCGUGGGAUUCCAUGCCGUCACAUAAUGACAACAUGCUUAAGGAGUCUCAGGAACAGAAUACACGGCUGAGGCAUGUGGUGAAGGAACAGGAAAAUAUUAUCCUCAACCUUGCGCAACACCACGAAGAAGUCACCGGCCAGCUUGAGCAGCAUACGGCAAGGAUUACAAAAAGGAUUGCUGACCAUGAGCGCGAAAAAGGAAAGCUAGUUCAUGAUCUCAAGGAGCAGACCAGAAUAGCGUCUGCGCUGGAAAAUCGAGAUACGAAAAUGAAAAAAGUAUUCAGUGACACUGCCAGCAUAAUGUUCUUAGAACUCGAGUAUCAGGAAGAACUGAUCAGCAAAAUGGCACCAAACGAUGGGGACUUCUUCCAGCCAACCCACGAGAUCCUAGUGAAUUUGGUUAAAAACAUUGGACAUUGGACAGCAGACGACGAGAAUUCAGAUAUGAUGUUUGAUCUUGAAGAUGAGCCACAGUUUGAACAGCUAUAUGCGAAGCUUUUGUCUCGAUUCGACGAACAAUCAUACCAGCUCAAAAUACAGGCAAUAACGCUCAACAGACAGAAAAGCAUUAUUGACGAACAAGCGAGCACUAUCACCGAACUCGAGGCACAGAAACGAAAAAUUGCUGGCAAUCUCGAGGAACAAAAUGGAAGGCUGGCUUUGAUCCUUGAAUAUUUGCAAGGAAAUGGUGGGAAAGGCACCUCUCAUCUUGGCCAGAGAAUGGUUUACAGAACCGAGCAGCAUGGAUUCAGUUGA